AACUCACUUUGCAUGAUUAAAUGUUAGCUCUGAAAAUAAUAAAUUACUGGGCUAGAACCUAAUCAAGGUUUGUGCUCCAAAAACAUUACUCUAUCUUCAUUUCUGUGUUUGUAUUGUAUAUGUAUUGAUAAAUAUAUAUACUAGGUCUAAAUACUUGGGCUUUUUGAUAUUUGUAGAACAUUGGUCUAGUUGAUCUGGGUGUUAUCAUUCGUAAUGAAUGUAUUGCUGCGCCUUGUCUUAGUACAUGCGUUUCAAGCAUUCGUAACCCAAAUGAUUUCGUUUGAAAUUUUUAUAACAAGCAUUGCCAUCACAUUAUGCUGGCUAGGAUUUUUAAAAAUCAAAUUAGGAAACAAUGAAAUAUAUAUUAUUUUAUUCUGCAUUAGACACGCGAUAAAAGAAAAUGUUCGUUUAUUGACAUUUCAGACAUGGUUCUAAAGCAGACUCAAGCGUUCUAAAUGUUUACUUAUGACUGCAGCUAGUUUAAUUUUUUUUGUAAAAUGCCAUCUUCUCCUGACUAUGCACACGAAUGCUAAAACAUAGUGACUCGAAAGUGCUUCGAUCUUGAGAUGAAUUUUCAUUUCCAAUUCAGGAUAGCACACUAAUAAAAGAAACAAAACAAUUUGAAAAGUUCAACUACAGGAUUGAAUAGUUCAAAGGGAUGUAACUAUGAAUAAAAACUGUAUGAUCAACUCGCACCAUGUAAAUGUGGAGGAGACACACACAUAAAUUAACAGUCCCCCUUUUCCAUGUCGGUGUUGUUAACACAUUGAGCUUGACUGGCACCCUUGUCUACAUAUAGCCUGCUCCAAUGUCUAGUAUGUGACAGCCUACAUUCAGCCUGCUCCAUUGUCCAGUAUGUGACAUUAUACAAACAGUUUGCUCCAUUGUCCAGUAUGUGACAGCCUACAUUCAGCCUGCUCCAUUGUCCAGUAUGUGACAGCCUACAUUCAGCCUGCUCCAUUGUCCAGUAUGUGACAGCCUACAUUCAGCCUGCUCCAUUGUCCAGUAUGUGACAUUCUACAAACAGGUUGCUCCAUUGUCCAGUAUGUGACAUUCUACAAACAGGUUGCUCCAUUGUCCAGUAUGUGACAAUCGGCAUACAGCCUGCUCCAAUGUCCAGUAUGUGACAGUCUACAGACAACCUUCUCAGAUGUUCCAUAUGUGACCGCCUACAGUAUGCGAAGGGCUAAAAAGAGCUUGUUCCCAUGUCCAGUAUGUGACGACGUAAUGCUAUAAUUCAGAGGAACAUAAUAUGUUAAGCAAUAAUACUCUAAUCGUGGGGGGGGGGGGGGGUCUGCGCCUUUGCCCUAUUCACCUCACCCCCCCUUCCCCCAAUAGCACCACCAGACAAUGCCUAACAUGGAACCCACAGGGAAAAAGAGAGAGAUGAAGGCCUAAGAAUACAUGGAGACGCGAGCUAGAGACAGACACGCAAAAUAUGGGAUGCACCUGGAAGCAACUGGAAAGGAAGGCACAGGACAGUGAUGAGUGGAAAAUUCUUGUAGACGGCCUAUGCCACAGACGGGGUAGAAAGGCAUAAGAAAGUAAGUAAUAAUACUUACUUAAUAAAAGGUAUGGCGGUAUGACUACAUAUAAAUAACUUAUACUUAUAAUCGUUUACUCUGUUUUUAAGGGCAUUGAAAUGAUACGAAAGGACAGCUCCACCUACAGAGACGGUGCCGGAAGUUUUGAAGAAGGGCGCCAUCUGCGAGUGGCUGUAUCCAACAAGGGGCUGUCGGUGACGUCACUGCUUCUAGAAGAUCGCAGAAAACGGGAGCGGUUUGAGAAACAAUUGUUGAAUGUCAUCAAUGGUAAAAUGUCGUAGAUUUGUUGAAUGUCAUCAGUGGUAAAAUGUUUUACAAAUAAUAAAUUCUAAAAGUUCAAUCCUUAUGUCUUCCAAUAGGGCUUGUUGAUUUACAAUUAACAUGGUCAAAACAGUUGAAUGUUGUUGUUGAAAUAAUACGGCUAUAAAUGUUAUAUAAACUAUGAUAUACUUUAGGAGUAAUAAAAUACAAAUAACUUCAACGCAAAAUGUUAUUUUACAAUAACAUUAGAAGUUAUUGCCGAUAACCAAUGUAUUCCUAUCCAGGUGAUAUCCAGCUAUUCCCCCCCCCCUAUUUAUUCCUAUCAAUGUAAUAUCAAUCUAUCAAACAAUUUCUUGACAUCCAGGUAGUAUCCAGCAUAUCCCCCCAUUUCUUGACAUCCAGGUAAUCUCCAGCAUAUCCCCCCAUUUCUUGAAAUCCAGGUAAUAUCCAGCGCAUCACCUCCAAAACAUCAUUGGCUGCGUUCAAGACUACGGCACAUCACUACAAGCAGUUGGCCAAAACUCCCGUCACGUCAUGGAAGAAGACUCCCUCGUUUCUAAAAGAGAUCCGGAACCAGGCAGCUGAAGGUGAGCCAUUCAAUGUAAACUUCCCGUAACUUGAAUUCUGCGCCAACCUCUGGGGAAACGCCUGGGUGGUGGGGGAUGCAUUAUUUACGCCUUGCAGCAGUGGAUUUGUGGAAAAGUGGGGCAUAGCUUUAAAAAAUAAGAUGUGGAGAUUCGAAUGGAAUAGACGGAUUAUAUGUUGUCAAUACUUAUUUUAUUAUUAUUUUUAUUUACCAUUUUUUUUUUUUUUUUUUUUUUUUUUUUUUUUUUUUUUUUUUUUUUUUUUUUUUUGUGGGGGGGGGGGGGGGUUGAGCAUAUUUUCGUCUCCAAAGAAAAAUAGUGUAAUAUCCUUAGAAAUAUCUCAGGCAAAACUAAUAAGUCUGAGCGAUGUUUUUCUAAUGGAGAAUCAAUUUGUUUCCAGUAGGAACCAAUCAAUCCCUCUCAACGCAGCGGGUGUACCCAAAAAAUAACAUUAACAAAUAACCUCAUACGGCUUGGCGCCGGUGGCCCCGCACACUUUCCUUGCGUACGGUAUAGCGCACUGUUUAAAAACCGCCAUCUCAUGGGUUUACCAGCACAACUUUUCUGCGAUGGGAUUUGUAGCCGCAAGGCAGCAGAGGUUUGCAGUCGGUGUUUUCCCUUACUUACUUAUUUCAGCCGCCAUCCCAGGCUGACGGGGUCGAUCUAAGCGAUGGCAAAAACCAUUCAUGGCCACCAGAACGAUACUUUGAAAAUAAAAAUAACUAGAGCCUACGAACAAUCUAUUAUCGCUUUAAUACAUUUUUUUUAUCAUAAUUCCAGAUACCCAGACCGCAUUCAGGAACGCCAGAAAGUCAUCCGUGCGCCUGAUGCCGAUCCGUAUUGUACUUCCGGCAAGGGAAGUCAGCACCGCGAAGGACGAGGUUGUUCCACCUGCGCCUGUGACCAAGGAAGGCGAGUUCCCCCCGUCAAAGCGUCUGUCUAGGCUGUCUUCUUGUAAUGCCAGACGCCCCCACGGAAGCAUUGCGACUAUGUCGGCACUCUACAAGAUGCCCAGGUUAGAGAGUAGAGCAAGAGUGUUUUUUCGUGUUAGAUUUGUUUUACAUCUUCACGUAGCAUGAUGUACUCAACAUUCUUGUGAAUUUUCGUAAAAAGACAAGGAAAUUACUAAAUUUCAGGAAAGAUCACCGAGAUAAGUUUCUUAAAACACACCCUGGCCUGUUCCUAUAUUUUAAAACUAUCACGCUAUUGUCAAAUGCUCUUUUUUUCCACCAGCACAUACCUUUCAAAUUCUCUUUUUUUUUUCAUCCAACACAAUACUUCACUAGUACAUUCCCGCCCCCUCCCCGAUUAUUUUUGAUUUUCCCUUCACACAAUAUUUAAAUGCUCUUCGUUUUUUCUAGCACAAUAUUUUAAAAUUCUCUAUUUUCACUAGCACAAUAUUUUAAAACAUAUUUAUUUUCACAAUAUUUAAAAAUAUUCUUUAUUUUCAACAACACAUUUUUUGUUUUUACAAAUUUUUCAAUGCUCUUUAUUCCCUCAUAUGUUGUCCAAUGGUCUUUAUUCUCACAUAAGUUGUCUAAUUGUCUUUAUUCUCACAUGAGUUGUCCAAUGGUCUUUAUUCUCACAUAAGUUGUCCAAUGGUCUUUAUUCUCACAUACGUUGUCCAACGGUCUCUCCACAGACGUGACCCAUAUUCUUCUUCCCCAUGGACAUUUGAGGAGAGGAAAUGUUUUUUCACAACCAACUUUACUCCUCCUCAUCUAAGAAAAGAGUUACCUCUCAGCAUUGAACGCCAACUUGACCAAGACGUGGCCAAGAUUAACCAGAAAAAUUCGAUUGAGUGACAUACACACACACACACUUUGUUGGGUCUCGGAGCAAACAAACAAAAAACCUGAUCAACAUUGAUAG